AACUCUGCAGGGACGAUGGGGAUUUUUUCAAACUCAGAGCCACAUUCGUGUCCCAGCUAUGGCACCUCCAAGAGUCCAAGGGGGCAGAGACAUGAAUUCCAGGAAACUAAGUGCAAUUACCAGAAGCCAAGGCACCAGACAGCACUGUGCUGCCCUCGUCUCCGUGCCUGGCGCCUCCCCGCCGCGCGUGUGCCCCCUCGACACAGACACCAUGCGCCCUGUGUAUAUAAACCUCCAGAACCAUGCUGUGUGCAUCCCGGAGUCUGUCUGCUGGAGCGACUAAAAUGGCCCUGUGAUUUGAACCCCAAUUCAAGCCCCAGUCUGCAAAACCCCUAAAUCUGUGCGCAGCUGGGCUCAGCAGCUGGAGCCAGAGAGACAGAGCAGGAUUCUGGUGAGGGGCUGGAGCCCUGCCUACGGUGGAGGAGCAGACUUCAGGGACCUCAGAUUUCCAAGGGGAAGCCCAGGGCUCUGUCACUCUUGUGGGUGUACGUGACAAAAGUCCCAGAGCAUGACCGUCCCUGGGGCCAGGUAGAAUGAGGACUAAGAAUGUGGAUGCAGCCACUGCCAGGGCACGCUUGGGCCUGCCUUGUGUCUUACUUAUAAUUUGCAAGGGGCUCCAAGGAAGAGGUGCUGGAGCAAUGCCCGGGGCGCUGGGGGGCGCGGCUCCUUCCGUGGGGAUCUGUCGCCCAGGGAGGAAGCGAGGGAGGCUGCCCCUGGAUGGAGCCAGGAGAGGCUUCAGGGUGUUGGAGGCCUCCCCAGAGAAGGGAUGGGCGGCUGUGGAGGGCCGGACACCAGCUGGGGACAGUCCCCUGGGAGGACAUUCCUGGAGAAGUUGCUCUUUGUUGAUGUUCCUGUUGUUCUUCCUGGGAAAGAGCGAAGGAAAGCGCCUGCUCUCACGACUAUCUUCUCCCAGACUUUGGGAAGGCGGCUUUGGAAACAGAAUAGACGGUGUGAAGGGAAGACUGGCUGCGAGGGCAGGCCCGCUAGUCUGACCCGGCGCAAGGCCAGGACGGGCCGCCGCGCGGCCGGCUGCGGGUGGAAGGGCUGGUGUCUGCUGUGGCAGAGCAGCCACCUGCGAUCUCUGGUGAGAAGGACAAAGGGACGUGGCUGACGCUCGGGCAGCGGAGGGAGCCUCAGGGGGCCGGUGCCCGGCAGAGGAGCUGACCGUUCUCAUGAGGCCAGACGCGUGGCUGAGGGACAGGAGCUCUGCACGGAGGGCCCUGCCAGCCGGGAGGGCUGCCCGCCCGCGCCAAAGGAUGGGGCUCCUAGCGCGCGCACUAGGACAGCCACGAAGCGCCGUUCCCUUUUGAAAUCCAAAUCCCAAAGCACCUGCUGGCCCGGCCCCCAUGACUUACCUGCACGUGCCACCAGAUGUGAACGCCCACGUCCUGCUUGCGAGACAGCGCCUGAGCACCCUGGGCGGCCGGCGAGCGGGAGACGCAGGGAGUGAGCGCACAAGCACGCCUGUGUCCCGGGCCCGGACGCAGGAAGCAGCUAACUCCGGCGCUGGCUUCUGUGAAGCCAGGGGCGCCGCGGGUCUCGGCUGCUGCCCCAGAGCGCCGGCCCAGCACCCCUGCAGGCUCGUGCAGGAGUGCGGUUCCGGUCCUUCUGCGAGUCUGCCCGGCUGUCCACUCAGACCACGCGUGACAGAAAUGGCCUUGGCUUUGAAGUCAGACUCGUCCAGUCACGGCCAGCCCGGCCACUCCUGGCUGCUCUGAGGAAGGGGGUGAUGGUUCCCGUGCCACACCGGACUGUCAGCCCACAGACCCCACGGGCCACCCUGGCUGCCGCAGGAGACAGCAUCGGCUCCUCUCGCUGCGGGAGUCGUCCUCCAGGAGUCCGCACAGCUGACCGGGGGCCGGGGCCCACUGCUCUGGCCCCCAGGACGCAGCUGAGGAGGAGGGAACGAGGUUCACCCAGGCAGAGGAUUUUUCCUGAACAAUCUGAAGGCACAGCCACCACCUCAGAAUCUCCAGGAAGUCAGUGUUGCAAAUUCAUUUAACUUUAUUAAGUCUUGCUCCAUGAAAUAUUUACGUGAUGGAGCCAACAGCUAAGGGAAGGACAGAAAAAAACUUCAGCUAUGUCAUCAGAGUGCCCAGCAGUGAUGGGUUUGAUGUAAUGAACGUUGAUGUGAAGGUUGACACGUGCUGGGUGUUCCGGGACGUGGAAGGUAGCAGUGAGGAACUGGGAUGUCUUCCGGAAGCAGCAGCCAAUAUCCCAGAAGUGGACACAGGGACACUCAGGAAGCAGCUGGAAUCCUCCGAGCAGAAGCUGCUGGCAGCAGUUGACAAAUAUGUGACGUCGGAAUCCGUGCUGAGGAACAGAAUCCAGGAGCUGGAGCUGUCGGAGAAGAGACUCCUCGGGAGGGUGGAGCGGCUGAGCGCCCGCGUGGCCCAGGAGAGAAGCGCCUGGCUCUGGGCCCAGGAGAAGCUGGCGGCGCUGCAGGGGGAGCUGGCCAGCUGGGACGUGCUGGGCUGUGUUCAGGGCGCCCCAUUGCACCUUCCCAGGGAUGAGGCGCCAAAGGCCUGCGAAAGCCAAGGCUGGGGACCAUGCCUCCGGGCCGGUGACAGCCCCGGACCAAAGGCCUCUGCAGGCCAGCCCUCGGAGGGGCCCUGUGGCCAGGGCUGUGUGGAGACUGCACGAGGCUCUUCUGUUUCGGUGCCAGGCCUGGAGGCCACGGGCAAGCUCCUGGGAGACCUGGCGGGACCUGACCGUGAACCGGUGAGCCGUCACCUGGACAUCGAGUCUGAGAUGACAGCGGAGCUGAGAGCUCAGAAAUGUCUCUUGAAUCCUGGAGUGGACAGCGACCUCCCAAGCUCGCCGUGGCCAGAGCCCUGGCCGAUUCCCGAGGCCCAGUUGCCGGCACAGACAGUCCAGCUGGAUUCUCUGAAGCUUCCCCUGCUAUCGGGGCCCACGCUUGAUCCUGGACUGUGCCUGGCAGCCGUCACUGUGGAACCAGGACCCCCUGCACAGCAGCUGCAGGAGACGGGUGGAAUGCCCUGCCCUGGCCUCCGGGCCGACAGCCCCGCAGCGCCUGCUGAGCUCCUGAGCCCGGGGAGGAUCCUGGCUUUUCACCAAGGGCUUAGACAAAGCAUUCGCAGCAAUUCCCAGGUCAAUAAAUCACCGCUGGAGUUAUAAAUUUAACAGGACCACUCAUCCUCCGGGGCCAUUUCACAUACUCCAUAAAUAUUUGAAGCAGAACCUUCGGAGAGUGCUUUAAGAAAUUGGUAGCAAUCAAAACCUUCAUUUAGUGGCAAGCGGUUUUGCCUUCGGCUUAGGGAUUUUUGUUCGACGUCAGAGCUUGGGAGAAACACCGGGCUUGCAAAUUCUGAGCAGUUUGGCUUUUGCAAGUGUCAAGGUAGCAAAGGAAAUAUUUAAUGUACCAAAACCUUUUAAACGAGUAGACUGGGCACAGUUUUAGCCCCCACAGCAAAAUUUGGCCGUGUCUGGAGAAUUUUUUGGCUGUCACAACUGAGAUGCUGCUCCUGGCACCCCGUGGCAGAGGCCAGGGGUGUGCAGAAUGUCCCCGUCACCCAGGCAGCCUCCUACGGUGGAGUUACUCAGCCCAGGUGUCAACAGUGCCCAGGCUGAGCGCCCGGGACUGAUCUAGGAGCCUGGACAUGGUCAGCGUGGAGAAUUUUUGUUAUUUUCCUUCCCCUGGGGCCCUCACCAUAUUUUAAAAGAUUUUAAUCUGCUAAAUGAAAUGCCUAAUUUGAAGAAUUAUAUAUUUUACAUUUAGAAACAUUAAAACCAACCAGAACUUUCUAAUCAGUCCAUUCACUCCCAAUCCACCAUAUGCCAGGCAGCGUGGUGUGUGGCAAAAAGAGAUCAGCCAAUGCUGGUCCCUGACCUGGCGACCUCGGGCUUUGGGAGAGACACACGUGUAAGUAAAUUGUCCUGCAGUCAGUUGCUACGUGUGCUGCGAGCGAUGGGAUGUAGGGCGGGGUUGGCUCUGUAUGGCGUAGGGCAGUCAGAAGCCGGCCACAGAAGAAUGGGGAGCAUGGUCCCAUGGGGCCGGGCGCCGCGGAGCAGGACACAGCCUGCACAAAGGCCCUGGGCAUGAAGCUGGGCUGUGGCCGGGCCACUGGGGGAGGAGCGGGCACAGCAGCCCCUGCCAAGCCGGCUGCAGGCUGCCACUGCCCUGUUCCCAGCCAGUGCCCCAUUGUUCCCCGAGAACAGACUCAGGUGUGCCACCAGGAGCGGAAGAAGGACGCCUCCCUCCUGGGGGCAGCCCACCCAAACAGUGAGUCCAGGGGACUUGGACCAUACCUGCCAGGCCUGCCCCGGCACACUGAGCAGAGACUCUUUGGGGAAGGGCUGUCGAGGGUUCGAGGGAAGGUCAGCACCGCCGACCCCGCUCUCCACCCACCCGGAGGUGGCCGUCCGUUCAUGGAAGGACAGGGGGGGACAAGGACACGGAACCUGGGGCUCCCGGAAAGUAGACCCAGUCUGCAGAUUUUAUGUGAAUCUAUCUUAAUUUUUGUUUGAAAUGAAAAUUGCAGAGAGUCCCCGUGUGCCCUCCACUUGGCUUCCCGUGACACUGCCUCCCGUGACUUACCACGGCAAGAAACUAGUGCGUUUUGUUUUGAGAACAAUUGGGCAGCCACUGGAACAUCAGAAAGGCAGUGUCACCGCCGAGCUGCCUCUGUGUAAGCCAGCCUGCGGCUUCUAGCGGGCAGCAGGCUCUGGCCCGCACUCGCACGGCUCACCAGCCGCCCUGCCCGCCGCCCUACACCGGCUAGCGCUAGCGGCGGCUGCCGCGCAGGUGUCUGGCCAGGUGCUGGGAAGCGAAGCUUGGCGAUGCUGUCUUCUCCCUCUGCGGGGACCCUGCUACCGCAGCCGCGGGUCCCCAGUUGGAAGCCACUGCUGCGAUCGCGUUUGCUGUGUCAGCCUCCACAGUGCCACGCCGUCUCCAGCUGGGAGGCGCUGCCCACUUCUGUGUCGCCCUUCCCCCUUUAGUUUGGGACAACGUCAUGAGCUUCAGCAUCAGGGACGUGAUGAUGGAGAGAAGACAGAGCCCUUGCACGGCUGCAGGACACCGCGCAGCGCAGGUUCUGUCUCCAGGACACUCCCGAGAGGCCCAGACGCUUGCGCCCCUGCUGCCACAGCACAUCUGGGCCUGGGCAGAGACGAAAUCCAUUAAGGAAGCCAAGGCAAUCUUUGCAGCUUAACCCAUAAUAAAUUCCAUAAUAAAAUUCCAAAAUAAAUCAUCUUCCUGAGCUGGAAGCCACUCGCUACCCUGGGCCAUGGAGUCCUGGCUGGGCUGGCGCUUUGCGUUGGCACAGGCUUUGUGCCUGGACUCC